AUGGCUGAACAACGGUCUAUAGCAUACAAGUCCUUAGGCUUUACAUUGGGCCUUGGCGGCAAAAGUGUAGGUGCAGCUGCGAGCAAGGCGGCCAGCUCCUCUUUCCUAGACACGUUGCUUUCUACGGUACCGUCUGCCAAAGCUCUUCUACCUACUCUUAUCCCAGACCUGUCAAAGUCAAAACCAGCUAAAGAGGAUGCUCCCGCGGGUCAACGUAACGAGGGUUUGCCAUUUGCUGCGGUGGAACGGUCAGCGGAUGCUACUGGGCAGCCAGCGCAGAGCCCAGCAACUUCACCCAAACAAAAUAUUGCAGCGCCAGAGGCUAAAGCGCAGCAGAAAAAAGACGAGCCUCAGGACGGUUUUGCAGAGCCGAAGCAGGCGGUGGAAGUGAUCAGCCUUUUGUCCGAUUCCGAGAGCGAGCGCAGAGCCUCAGCGAUCCCCCCGCCAGCGCAAGCUGCGGUGACUUCCUUGGAGGCUGCAGGCGACGGCAGCAAGGGCACCAACGCGAAACCCAUUUCGGCGGAGUUCAUCCCCCUGCGCGAGACGGCACCUGUCAAAACAACCGGGAAAAGCACAUCCGCCAAAGCCGCCGCCCCGGGGUCUGCGGAUGCACUUGCGGAUGAGGAAGAAAUUCGCCGACUUGGGCAGCGGCCGUACUGGAUGUCGUACGUGUCCCGCAUCGACAGCCCGCUCCUACGCCUGCACCAAGAGCUGGUGGAGCUGUGCGAGCUGGUGCAGCCCACGCCGGAGGAAGCGACGGCUCGGCGGUCGGCGGUGGCGGCGGUGGCUGAGGUGGUUCAAUCCAUCUGGCCGCAAGCCAG